UCCAUUUGACGGAUUCACAUACACGGACAAUCAGCGUGUCAUUAUCAACAUGAAGGACGAUAACGAUGAGCUGCCGUACUUCAUAAAUCGACCUCUGCCAAUGCAAGCGGUCGUACAGCUGAAUGCGCCACCGAAUACUCAUGUGUUUACCCUUCAAGCCCGAGAUCCUGACACCGACAGCAGUAUUCACUACUUCAUCGUACGAGAUCGAACUGGAGGUCGUUUCGAGGUAGACGAGAAAUCCGGAGUUCUACGCACCCGAGGGACCGAUUUGUUUCAGUUGGACAUGGAAUACGUUCUGUACGUGAAAGCGGAGGAUCAAAACGGCCGUAUAGAUGAGAGGCGUUUUCAGUCGACUCCUGAGGCACGCCUAUCGAUCGUAGGUGGAAAACGCGCACCGCAGUUCUAUAUGGAGGCAUACGAGGCUGAGAUACCGGAAAACCAGAAGAAAGACUCCGAUAUCAUAUCGGUGAAGGCAAAAUCAUUCGCCGAUCGUGAAAUCCGGUACACCUUGAAGGCGCAAGGUCAAGGCGCAGCUGGAACGUUCAAUAUCGGGCCAACUUCCGGCAUCGUGAAGCUCGCUAAAGAAUUAGACUUCGAAGAUUUACGUCAUCCUAACGUCUAUUCUCUCAUAGUAACAGCUACGGAGGAUUCUGGUGGUUUUUCCACGACAGUCGAGUUGUCAAUUCGAGUGUCGGACGUGAACGACAAUGCGCCAAAGUUCGAGUUGCCCGAUUACCAGGCUCACAACGUGGACGAGGACAUUUCGUUGGGUUCGAGUAUAAUAAAAGUGAAAGCAACGGAUGCAGAUUCCGGAAUUAACGCGGAAAUAGAGUAUCUUGUAUCCGACGACCACUUCAGCGUGAAUUCGAACGGGAUCAUCGUUAAUAAUAAGCAGCUCGACGCGGACAACAACAACGCGUACUACGAAUUUGUUGUCACAGCCAGAGACAAAGGCGAGCCUCCCAAAACUGGAACGGCAACGGUACGAAUAUACACGAAGAACAAGAACGACGAGGAACCAAAAUUCUCUCAGCAAGUGUACACGCCGAACGUAGACGAGAACGCUGGGCCAAACACGUUGGUUACAACUGUGGUGGCGUCGGAUAAGGACGGUGACAAUGUACGGUUUAAAUUCGCCGACGGAAACACCACUUGGGGCCAGUUCGUGAUCGAGGAGAUCACGGGUGUGAUCCGACUGCACGGAAAAGCGAUCGCGUUGAACAACGACAAAUACGAGCUGAAUGUGACAGCGUACGACGACGGUGCCUGCUGCCUCAAUGGAGAUACUACCACGCACGCCAGCACGGCGGUCGUGGUGGUGUUUAUCACGGACGUGAACGACAACAAGCCAGUGUUCAACGAUUGCAACAAAUACAAUCCGCAAGUCGAGGAAGGCGCGCCGAACGGUAGCACCGUUAUCAAGGUACAGGCUACCGACAAGGACAAAGGUGUCAAUGGACAAGUGAAAUACUCGAUCGUACAACAACCCAAUCAGAAGGGUACGAAAUUCACCGUGGACGAGGAGACAGGCCAAGUUUUAACGAAUAGGGUAUUCGAUCGCGAAGGAGACGAUGGAAAAUUUGUAUCCGUUACUGUCAAAGCAACGGAUCAAGGUGAACCUUCCUUGGAAGGAGUUUGUUCUUUCAAUGUUGAAAUCACUGAUGUCAAUGAUAACCCACCUCUAUUCGACCGUCAGAGAUACGUAGAAAAUGUGAAACAAGACGCGAGUAUCGGAACAAACAUUUUAAGAGUGUCGGCAUCGGACGAAGAUGCCGACAAUAACGGUGCCAUAACCUAUUCGCUGAGCUCGCCUAACAAUGACCAGGGCUUGGAGUAUUUUGAGAUUCAACCAGAGUCUGGUUGGAUCGUCUUAAAGAAGCCCCUAGACCGUGAGAUGUACAAGCUGCAGGCGAUGGCCCAAGACAAGGGCUACCCGGUCUCGUCGCGAGUGGUGGAGGUUCAGAUUGACGUUGUGGACCGUGCGAAUAAUCCGCCCGUAUGGGACCACAUAGUGUAUGGCCCGAUCUACUGUAAAGAGAACAUGGCCGUUGGGACUAAAGUUGUGUCUGUUAAAGCCAGCUCGGGGAUCGAGAAUAAUCCGACGGUGUUUUACCGGCUAAUGCCUGGAUCCACGGCGCAGACCAACAAGCUUCACACGUUUUACCUGCAGCAACGGCUCGAUCAGUCCGUCACGUGGGCGGACAUCAAAGUUAAUCAUCAGUUGGAUUACGAAAGCAUAAACGAGUACAAUUUAACAAUACGAGUCGAGAACAAUGGCGCCCAACAACUUGCAUCCGAAGCUACCGUACACAUUGUCCUGGAGGACGUAAACGACGAAAUACCUUUGUUCACCGAACGUGAGCAAGAAACUGUACUCGAGGGUGAACCAGUCGGUAGUAAAGUUACUCAAGUCAACGCUAUUGAUAAGGAUGGCACUCAUCCGAACAAUGAGGUGACUUAUUAUGUCGUGAACAGUGAUAGGAACGAGGGAAAGGAUUACUUCGAGAUCAAGAGGGAGACAGGUGAAAUCUUUACGAAAGUGAUGUUCGAUCGUGAAACGCAAGGAGCGUACGCACUGGAGGUGGAGGCCAGGGACGGAGCACCGUCAGCGCGGCCCAACAGCAAAGGACAACCGAAUUCAGUAACAAAAUUCAUCCGUAUUGGAAUAGCUGACAAGAACGACAAUCCGCCUUAUUUCGACAAGGAUCUCUACGAGGCAGAAGUAGACGAAAAUGAAGAUAUUCAGCACACGGUCCUCACUGUCACCGCCAAAGAUCAUGACGAAUCAUCGCGUAUUCGAUACGAGAUUACGGACGGUAACAUAGGAGGCGCAUUCGCCGUGAAGAAUAUGACUGGCGCCAUCUACGUCGCAAGCGCAUUGGAUUACGAGACGAGGAAAAGGUACUUGCUUCGCCUUACCGCCUCGGACAACUUGAAAGAAAAUAACACGACGGUCGUGAUACACGUGAAGGACGUGAACGACAAUCCGCCUGUCUUCAAGCGCCAAAAUUACAAAACGCAAAUCACCGAGGAAGAUGACAGAAAUCUGCCAAAAUGUAUCCUUCAGGUCUUGGCGACCGAUGGCGACAAGGAGCGGCCACAAAAUAUCGUCUAUUUCCUGACAGGUCAGGGAAUCGAUCCUGACAACCCAGCGAACAGUAAAUUCGAUAUUAAUCGCACGUCCGGUGAAAUCUUCGUCCUAAAGCCAUUGGACAGGGAUCAACCGAAUGGAAGACCGCAAUGGCGAUUUACCGUGUUUGCUCAAGAUGAAGGCGGAGAAGGUCUGGUCGGCUACGCUGACGUCGAGGUAAACCUAAAAGACAUCAACGACAACGCUCCAAUAUUCCCACAGGGAGUCUACUCUGGCAACGUCACAGAAAAUGGCACAGCAGGAAUGAUCGUGAUGACUAUGACUGCAGUCGACUACGACGACCCACAGGAAAGCACGAACGCUAAACUGGUUUACUCCAUUGAGAAGAAUGUUAUCGAGGAAGAGACCGGCUCGCCAAUUUUUGAAAUCGAAUCGAGUACCGGUGUGAUCAAAACGGCGGUAUGCUGCUUGGACAGAGAACGCACGCCUGAUUAUUCUAUACAGGUCGUUGCAAUGGAUGGAGGGGGGUUAAAGGGGACAGGGACGGCGUCCAUACGAGUGAAAGAUAUAAACGAUAUGCCACCACAAUUUACAAAGGCUGAGUGGUUCACCGAAGUGGACGAAACAGAAGGUCCGGAUUUACCAGAAAUGCCAAUUCUUACGGUCACCGUUCACGACGAGGAUGAAACCAACAAGUUCCAAUAUAAGGUGAUCGAAAAUAGCGGCUACGGUGCAGACAAGUUUACAAUGGUGAGGAACAACGAUGGCACCGGAUCCCUGAAGAUCGUGCAGUCGUUGGAUUACGAAGACCAACUGCAGAGCAACGGUUUUAGGUUCAAGAUACAAGUCAACGAUAGGGGCGAAGACAAUGCCAACGAUAAAUAUCACGUGGCCAACUGUUACGUAACGGUGAAGCUGCGCGACAUAAACGAUAACCAACCGCAAUUCGAAAAGGCAAACAUCGAGACCACGGUGCCGGAAGACGCUCAUAUCGGGAACAACCUAGAAACAUUUACGGCCACUGAUCCCGACCAGGGUGGCAAGAGCAAAGUGUACUACUCGAUCGACAGAAGCUCUGAUCGUAAAAGGCAAUUUUCGAUCAACGAAAACGGCACCGUAUCGAUUCAGAGGAGUCUCGAUCGCGAGGAGUCGUCACGACAUCAGGUGAAGAUCUUGGCCAUCGACGAUGGUAUUCCGCCAAAGACUGCGACAGCCACGCUGACCGUGAUCAUCCACGACAUAAACGAUAAUCCACCGCGUUUCCUGAAAGAUUAUCGACCAGUUCUGCAAGAGCAUUCGCAAACGAAGAAGGUGGUGGAGAUUCUGGCGACGGACGACGACGACCGAUCGAAGAGCAACGGACCGCCAUUCACAUUCAGAAUGGACCCGAAGGCGGAGGACGUGAUUCGAGCCAGUUUCAAAGUCGAAAGCGAUAACAAGGGGGCAAACGGGGAUGGCAUGGCCAUUGUGACAUCGUUACGAUCGUUUGAUAGAGAACAACAAAAGGAAUAUUUGAUACCCAUUGUUAUCAAGGAUGCUGGGACACCUAGUAUGUCUGGAACCAGCACCUUAACGAUUAUUAUCGGGGACACUAAUGAUAACAAAAUGCAGCCAGGCUCCAAAGACAUUUUUGUAUAUAAUUACGCAGGACAAUCACCAGACACAGAGAUAGGUAGAGUUUACGUGUACGACUUGGACGACUGGGAUUUACCAGAUAAGAAGUUCUAUUGGGAAAAUCUGGAGCACGCUCAAUUCAAGCUGGACGAAGACACCGGUAUGAUCUACAUGAAAUCAGGCACACCCGACGGUAGAUAUCAUCUGCGUUUCACUGUCUACGAUCGGAAGCACACGCAAACGGACGUGCCUGCGAAUGUGACUGUUACGGUGAAAACUAUUCCGCACGAAGCCGUGUUGAACUCGGGAUCUAUUCGAAUAUCUGGCAUAACCGACGAGGACUUCAUACGAGUUUGGGAUUAUAAAUCCCAAACGCUGUCGCGAAGCAAAACGGAACUGUUUCGAGAGAAAUUAGCCCAUUUGUUAAACAUCGAUAGGGAAAAUGUGGACGUGUUUAGCGUCCAAUUACGCAGAAUACAUCCACCGCUGACGGAUAUCAGAUUCGCGGCCCAUGGAUCUCCUUAUUACAAACCUGUCAGAUUGAACGGAAUCGUGUUGAUGCAUCGCGAAGAGAUCGAGAACGAGGUCGGGAUCAAUAUAACGAUGGUGGGGAUCGACGAGUGUUACUACGAGAACGAGAUGUGCGAGGGUAGUUGCACAAACACCUUGGAUAUCAGCAGCUUACCAUACAUGGUCAACGCAAACAAAACCGCCCUUGUCGGCGUGAGGGUGGAUGUAAUCGCAGAGUGUACAUGCGGUGCGCGUAACUUCAGCAAAGAGGAGUCUUGUAGGAGCAGCCCUUGUUACAAUGGCGGACGUUGCGUGGAAGGACGAUUUGGAUUAUCAUGCCAAUGCCCAGCAGGAUACAACGGUCCAAGGUGUCAACAAACUGCGAGAAGCUUCCGUGGCAAUGGCUGGGCGUGGUAUCCUGCAUUAGAAAUGUGCGACAAUAGCCAUUUGAGCUUCGAAUUCAUUACGAAGAAACCCGACGGUUUACUUCUGUACAACGGUCCUAUCGUACCACCGGAAGCUGAUGAGAUUAUGGUUUCUGAUUUUAUAUCCGUCGAGCUGGAACGUGGAAUACCUCGUUUGUUGAUAGACUUCGGAUCUGGUACUCUGGAGUUGAAAGUUAAACCGAAAAGAACUUUGGACGACGGAGAAUGGCACAGGCUCGACAUCUUUUGGAAUACAGAGACGGUGAAGCUUAUCAUCGAUUAUUGCAAGUCGGCUGACAUCUCGGAGCCGGAGGAUGGCACGCCUCCAGAAUUCAACGAUACCAGUUGCCAGGCUCAAGGCACCAUACCGCCAUUCAACGAGUACUUGAACGUGAACGCGCCAUUGCAAAUAGGUGGCCUGUACAUCGAGCAGUUCGACCCGACUCACUACAAAUGGAAGCACAUGCCGGUUGGCAAAGGUUUCGAUGGCUGCAUUAAAAAACUGUUCCACAACAGCAAACUGUACGAUCUUGCCCAUCCUGGCCUAUCGAGGAACAGCGUGGCCGGCUGCCCUCAGACAGACGAAAUCUGCAACAACCAGGAAUCCACGUUGCGAUGCUGGGAACACGGUACUUGCGUGGGAAGCUUCACAGAAGCGAGAUGUCAGUGUAACCCAGGAUGGACCGGUCCAGGAUGCAUGUCACCCACCAUUUCGACGACAUUCAAAGCACAUAGCUACGUUAAAUACGCCUUGUCCUUCGAACCUGACAAAUACUCCACUCAGAUCCAAUUGAGAUUCCGUACUCGGGAGACCUACGGUGAAGUGUUCAGAGUCAGCGACCAGCAUAAUAGAGAAUACGCCAUUUUAGAGAUCAAGGAUAAAAGGCUGCACUUCCGCUACAAUUUGAAUAGUCUGAGGACCGAGGAACGAAAUAUCUGGCUGACCGCGAUAACGGUCGAUGAUGGACAAUGGCACACGGUUAGAGUUUCGAGAUACGGGUCGGCUGCAACUUUGGAAAUAGACGGUGGUGAAGGAAGAAGGUUCAACGAGAGCUUUUCCUUCGAAGGACACCAAUGGCUGCUCGUUGACAAACAGGAAGGCGUUUACGCGGGUGGCAAGGCUGAAUACACUGGUGUUCGAACUUUCGAGGUGUUCGCCGAUUAUCAGAAAGGAUGUCUCGAUGACAUAAGACUGGAAGGAAAACAUCUACCACUACCGCCUGCUAUGAAUGGAACGCAAUGGGGCCAAGCAACGAUGGCUAGAAAUCUAGAAAGAAAUUGCCCGUCGAACAAACCCUGUGCCAACAUAAUUUGCCAGGAUCCCUACGAGUGCAUCGACCUUUGGAACACAUUCGAGUGCACAUGCGGAGAAGGAAGAAUUCCAUCUCCGGAUAAUAAAGGAUGCAUGGAUAAAAACGAAUGCAUAGAUUAUCCUUGCUUGAACGGAGGCAGGUGUAUCAAUCAGGAUCCUCGAUUCCGGUACAGAUGCAUUUGUCCUGACAGUUUCUGGGGAGAAAAUUGCGAACUCGUGCAGGAAGGACAAACGCUAAAACUCAGCAUGGGAGCGUUGGCAGCCAUUUUAGUCUGUCUUCUAAUUAUCCUUGUUCUCGUCCUAGUAUUUGUUGUCUACAAUAGAAGAAGGGAGUCUCACAUCAAGUAUCCUGGCCCUGACGAUGAUGUGAGAGAAAAUAUUAUUAAUUACGACGACGAAGGUGGCGGUGAAGACGACAUGACAGCAUUCGACAUCACGCCCCUUCAAAUUCCUAUCGGAGGACCAAUACCGGAAAUGGGUGGAAAAUUGCCACCAUGUAAAGUGCCGUAUCCUCUAGGACCCGAGCCAAACGUGGGUAUCUUCAUAGAAGAUCAUAAAAAGAGGGCUGACAGCGAUCCAAACGCACCGCCAUUCGAUGAUUUACGAAAUUACGCUUACGAGGGUGGCGGAAGCAUCGCGGGUUCACUGUCAUCGGUAGCUUCCGGUACGGAUGACGAGCAGCACAAGUACGAGUACUUAGGUGCCUGGGGUCCCAGAUUCGACAAGCUGGCCGACAUGUACGGUCCCGCAGAGGAAAGCGACGAAGAGGACUAAAGGGUCGCGGAGCAACCACGAAACUUGUAAGUUCGCACGAUCCCGUACAUCAUUGGGAAACGUAGUGUUCGUGUGACUUUAAUACGCAAGGGAAUACAGAAAGAACUGUCCUCCGAGGAGCCGCGAGUUACGAACAAACUUUUCAAAGGAUAGCCGCGACGAAUAAAGGGGACAAA